CUGCAGGCGCCACGCCAAGUGGGGGUCAGUCAUGGAACAGCCACAGGAGGAGACCCCUGAGGCCCGGGAAGAGGAGAAAGAGGAAGUGGCCACGGGUGACGGAGCCCCAGAGCUCAAUGGGGGACCAGAGCACACCCUUCCUUCCAGCAGCUGCACAGACCUCUCCCAGAAUUCCUCCCCUUCCUCCCUGCUGGACCAGCUGCAGAUGGGCUGUGAUGGGGCCUCAGGUGGCAGCCUCAACAUGGAGUGCCGGGUGUGCGGGGACAAGGCCUCAGGCUUCCACUACGGGGUCCACGCGUGUGAGGGGUGCAAGGGCUUCUUCCGCCGGACAAUCCGCAUGAAGCUCAAGUACGAGAAGUGCGAUCGGAUCUGCAAGAUCCAGAAGAAGAACCGCAACAAGUGUCAGUACUGCCGCUUCCAGAAGUGCCUGGCCGGCAUGUCCCAUUCAGCUAUCCGCUUUGGAAGGAUGCCGGAGGCCGAGAAGAGGAAGCUGGUGGCGGGGCUGACGGCCAGCGAGGGAUGCCAGCAAAACCCCCAGCUGGCCGACCUGAAGGCCUUCUCCAAGCACAUCUACAACGCCUACCUGAAAAACUUCAACAUGACCAAAAAGAAGGCCCGGAGCAUCCUCACCGGCAAGUCCAGCCAUAACGCACCCUUCAUCAUCCACGACAUUGAGACGCUGUGGCAGGCAGAGAAGGGCCUGGUGUGGAAGCAGCUGGUGAACGGGCCGCCGCCCUACAACGAGAUCAGCGUGCACGUGUUCUACCGCUGCCAGUCCACCACCGUGGAGACCGUGCGGGAGCUCACCGAGUUCGCCAAGAACAUCCCCAACUUCAGCAGCCUCUUCCUCAACGACCAGGUGACCCUCCUCAAGUAUGGCGUGCACGAGGCCAUCUUCGCCAUGCUGGCCUCUAUCGUCAACAAAGACGGACUGCUGGUGGCCAACGGCAGUGGCUUCGUCACCCACGAGUUCUUGCGCAGCAUCCGCAAGCCCUUCAGUGACAUCAUUGAGCCCAAGUUCGAGUUUGCUGUCAAGUUCAAUGCUCUGGAGCUGGACGACAGUGACCUGGCCCUUUUCAUUGCCGCCAUCAUUCUGUGCGGAGACCGGCCAGGCCUCAUGAACGUACCACAGGUGGAAGCCAUCCAGGACACCAUCCUGCAGGCUCUAGAAUUCCAUCUGCAGGUCAACCACCCCGACAGCCAGUACCUCUUCCCCAAGCUGCUGCAGAAGAUGGCUGACCUGCGGCAGCUGGUCACUGAACACGCGCAGAUGAUGCAGUGGCUGAAGAAGACGGAGAGUGAGACCUUGCUGCACCCCCUGCUCCAGGAGAUCUACAAGGACAUGUACUAAGGCUGCACGCAGCCCAGCCUCCCGCAGGCUCUGCUGGGCCCAGCCACGGACUGUUCAGAGGACCCGCCCACAGGCACUGGCCGCAGCCCACGAAGCUAGAGCCCACUCACAACACUCCAGACACGCCCAGACUCUCACCCUCUCCGCCCGCCCUCGGUGCCCGGUUCUCCCCAGCACUUCCUGUUCAUGCUGUCUCCCCAGCACCCUUGCUCCUCCACCUGGCCUUCUCUAGCAUCCUGCGCCUCCCCGCCUGUCCCCACAUCUGUCUGAUUCACACCAGUGAGCCCAUUAGUCCGCUCACCAGCAGCCUAGAAGCAGUGAGGCCUGCGCUGGCCCGGCCCGGCCUUGCCUCUGUCCCCUCUUCAAGGACACGAGCCAUCCAAAGAAACACUAUGCUCUCUCUGGGCCCGGCUUUCCAAGAAACUUGCCUGGACUGGCUGCCAUCCCAGGCUGUCUGAACCCUAGGCACCCCACUCUCA